GCUGUGGUAGCGCGAGCCUUGGCGCUAACCACCCGUGGGACGGGCCCUAGUUACCACUUACGGUCUGGCGAUCAGCUGUAUAUAAGAGCCGCUCCAGGUGUCAAACCCCAGACUGUCCUCUCGAGCCCUUUUCUUUUUUCCUUUGCCGUGUCGCUUGUCCUCUUCCUUUCAAGUACAAGUCAGUACCUACAGGAUAGGCGCAGCAAAGGUCCCUCAAGAUGUGGACGACUACUUCCGGCUUGCGGGGCAAGAAGCUCCAUCUGGCCAUCACUUUCACCUCUGUCAUAGGUUUCUCGCUCUUCGGUUAUGAUCAGGGUCUGAUGUCCGGUAUCAUCUCUGGUGACCAGUUCACCCAGGAGUUCCCGCCUCUAGCCAUUCCCGCCGGCUCUUCAGCAGCCUACUCUCAGCAUGUCUCUGUCCUCCGUGGUGCGGUUACCGCUUGUUACGAACUGGGCUGUUUCUUCGGUGCCAUCUUCACCCUCAUGUACGGUGAACGCAUCGGCCGCACGCCUCUGCUGGUGGCUGGUGGUAUCCUGAUGAUUAUCGGUACGGUCAUUUCCACUGCUGCUUUCGGUCCCCACUGGGGUCUGGGCCAGUUCGUUGUCGGUCGUGUCGUUUCCGGUCUUGGAAACGGCAUGGACACGGCCACGAUUCCCGUCUGGCAGUCCGAAUGUUCUCGCGCUCACAACCGUGGCUUCCUCGUCUGCUUCGAAGGUGCCAUCAUCGCCGUCGGCACUUUCGUCGCCUAUUGGAUUGAUUUCGGUCUCUCGUACGUCAACAGCUCGGUCCAGUGGCGGUUCCCCGUCGCAUUCCAGAUUCUCUUCGCCGUCCUCGUCAGCGCUGGCGCGCUCAUGCUGCCCGAGUCUCCUAGAUGGUUUGUCAUGAGAGGACAUGACAAGGAGGCAUGCGAGGUGCUGGCCUGCCUCAACGACAGCCAGCCCGAUGCGGAGGAUGUGCUCAUCGAUUUCAACCUCAUGAAGGCCGAUCUCAAUGCCUCCAAGGGCCAGAAGGCCAACUGGAGGACUCUCUUCACCUUCGGCAAGACCCAGGAGUUCCAGCGUAUGAUGAUCGGCUGCUCCGGUCAAUUCUUCCAGCAGUUCACCGGUUGCAAUGCCGCCAUCUACUACUCCACGCUGCUGUUCGAGACCAACUUGCACAUGGACCACCGUCUCUCUUUGGUUUUGGGAGGUGUCUUCGCCACGGUCUACGCCCUCGCUACUAUCCCCUCCUUCUUCAUGAUUGAGAAGGUUGGUCGUCGCAAGCUGUUCUUGAUUGGUUUCUUGGGUCAGGGUCUCAGUUUCAUCAUCACCAUGGGCUGUCUGAUCAAGGGAGAUGCUGAGGCCUCCAAGGGUGCCGUUGUCGGUAUCUUCCUCUUCAUCUGCUUCUUCGCCUUCACGACUCUGCCGCUGCCCUGGAUCUACCCGCCCGAGAUCAACCCUCUCCGGACCCGUACCAUGGCGGCUUCUGCCUCGACUUGCACCAACUGGCUGUCCAACUUUGCUGUCGUCAUGUUCACUCCCGUCUUCUCCGACGCCAGUGGCUGGGGUAUCUAUCUCUUCUUCGCCCUGGUCAACUUCAUCGGUGUGCCUUUCGCCUGGUUCUUCUACCCCGAAACCGCCGGCCGUGAUCUGGAGGAGAUUGACAUUAUCUUCGCCAAGGCCCACGUCGAGAGGAAGUGGCCCUACCAGAUCGCAGAGACGAUGCCCAAGCUCACUCCUGAGCAGAUUGGACAGAUGCAGAUUGAAAUGGGUCUGGAUGUGCCCAGUCACCACAUCUCAGCGGAGGCGGAGAAGGCGGAGAUGGCCGUGAGCAGCGGCGAGAGCGAGGGAAAGGGCGAGGGAAAGCACAUUGAUUAAACCGAAAAAAUCAUGUUACUACAGGUAUUAUGACGACGGCAUAUAUUUGCCUGUAUUGAAAUGCGAAGUCAAUGGAACAUGAGCAAAGAAGAUCUUAUGUUCACUAUGACUUGGAACGCACAUUUUAUGCCCACUUUUGCUUUAUGUCGCAACCAGAUACCUAUUGCUCAUUAUGUUAUGUAUGCUAGAUUUCUCAUGUGAAUUUUCUUAUUUGAUAUAAGAAAAUAGAACCACUCUCGUGGGUUUACGACCCUUUGAAAC